AUUAACAUGGUUAGGGAUUUCUGAGAUUUAAAUAGCUCUUGGGUUUAAAAAAAAGUGUUUUGAUGCACAUAUUCAACAUAAAAUAAUAGAUUAGACCGGACUUAAUGAGCAGCUGCUCUCUAUGAUAUACUUAAAAAUAGUCAGAUUUACCUGAAUUCCAUUUUUUUCCUAGGUCACCUGUUGAGAAGGUGCAAAUUGCACAAAUGAUUUCAAGCUGAGAUCGUAAAGCACACGCGCGCAAGCUCAACGUGUGUCUUUAGUGUGGAGUGUCUCCAUCCGUGUGUGCGCUUUGGUGAUGCGCGCGCGCGUUUUUUUCCCCCCUUUUUUUUCUCAGGUUGGCACGCACCGAAGUCUGCCAGCGGACGCUUGUGGUGGCAUACCGUGACAGUGCAGCUUUACCAGAGCGGAGCCAGUUGAGACUCGAGCCCAUCCAUCCAUCCGUCCAUCCACGCGUUACCGGGGAAACAGAUGGGCACGUUCGCGCUCGGACCUGUUGUUCAUAGGAUCAUCAAGCUCAGCGUUUCGGCAAAGCCACGGGAAUAAGUGAGUUUCUCCUGGGUUGGAUCACGUUUGGGGCAUCAGUCGUGCACUGCGCGUCUCCGCCGCUCAUCAGAUGAUGCUGCUGCGUGUUCACGGGUCCUCCUCCGGUACCACCGGCAUUACUCACGCACCGGCGGAGUGAGAACAGCUGAAGAUGAUCCUCAGAUGAAUAGGUCGGGGAAACUUUUUCUGGAAGACGUUCGGGGCAAUUUGGAUAUCUGAUUGCCACGACGAUGAGUUUGUUUAACCGCAGCGGAGAAGGAAAUUUAACAGGUGCAUAAUUGCCACUCGAGCAUGAAUCCCAGUGGCUUCUGGCGCCUUCUCCAGUUCGGAAGCUCUUUGGAGAUCACGCGGGGAGCGCGCUAGUUGAUGGCACUGCGCGCCGGGAGGACUUUGCUCUGGUUCGGGCAGGUUUUGCGCAGAGUUCGCGGGCUGCAGGGCUUGUGGUCCCGGCGCUCCAGCAGUCUGCUGUGUCUCUCCACCUGCCAGGACCACGAUCAAGGGACCUGUUACAACCGCAACCGGUGUCCGAAGACGCAGCAGCAGCAACAGCAACACUGUACCUAUCCGCCCUUUCCAGACUGCUGCUGCGCCUUCCCGGGGGAUAAGAGGGGACAUGAACCCCUCAGCCGCCGGUUCCUGCUGGCCAUGAAGAGGCAGAACGUGCGGACGCUGUCCCUGAUCGUCUGCACGUUCACCUAUCUGCUGGUCGGGGCCGCGGUGUUUGACGCGCUCGAGUCGGACUUCUAGAUGCGGGAGAAGGAGCAGCUGGAGGCUGAGGAGAAGCGCCUCCAGGGCAAGUACAACAUCAGUGAGGAUGACUAUAAAAAGCUGGAGACCAUCAUCAUGGAGGCCGAGCCGCACAGAGCAGGGGUCCAGUGGAAAUUUGCAGGGUCCUUUUACUUUGCCAUCACUGUCAUAACCACUAUAGGUUAUGGCCACGCGGCUCCAGGCACAGACGCUGGAAAGGCAUUCUGCAUGUUUUACGCGGUGCUCGGGAUCCCUCUGACACUGGUGAUGUUCCAAAGCCUUGGCGAGAGGAUGAACACCUUUGUGAAGUACAUGCUGAAGCGCAUCAAAAAGUGCUGCGGGAUGCGCAUCACGGAAGUCUCCAUGGAGAACAUGGUGACUGUGGGCUUCUUCUCCUGCAUGGGAACGCUCUGCAUCGGUGCGGCAGCUUUCUCCCACUACGAGGACUGGAGUUUCUUUCAGUCCUAUUACUAUUGUUUCAUAACGCUCACCACCAUUGGGUUCGGGGACUUUGUGGCCCUGCAAAAGAACAAAGCUUUGCAGAGAAAGCCCCUCUAUGUGGCAUUCAGCUUCAUGUACAUCCUAGUGGGGCUGACAGUCAUCGGGGCCUUUCUCAACCUGGUGGUCCUUCGUUUCCUGACCAUGAACAGCGAGGACGAGCGGCGGGAUGCCGAGGAGAGGGCUUCCCUGGUGGGGAACCGCAGUAGCAUGAUCAUACACAUCCAAGAGGACACGCUGCAGAGGAGUCGACGGAGACGAGAACAGCAGCAGCAGUGCUACAGAUCCGAGGUCACCGAUCUACAGUCCGUUUGCUCCUGCAUGCACUACCAUUCGCACGAGUUCGGGAGCUCGGUCGGCCUUGGGUUGGGAAUGGGAGGAGGAAACAGUGGAGGCGCAUUUCCACACCAGAACUCAUUCGGCUCCCAGUUGAGCCCUCAUCAGUACCAUCACUACCACUCGACGGUGUCUUACCGCAUAGAGGAGAUCUCGCCGAGCACACUGAAAAACAGCAUCCUUCCCUCCCCCAUCAGCUCCGUCUCGCCCGGGCUGCACAGCUUCACGGAAAACCUCCGGCUGAUGAGACGACGCAAGUCCAUCUGAGAACCGAUGGCACCAACUGAACACACAUAUCCAAUGCUGCUGCUCUACCAAACCUCAUUACGCCACUUUUCUCAUCAUUUUCUGGCUGACGUCGGACCAGCAGGACAUUGGAUUUCUCGGUGGAUAUAUUGAAACUUUGUUAAAAAGCAUGAAGCAUGGAUAUCUAUUUUUGCAGAAAACAUGGCCUGGGCCUUCUUCGCCCUUUUGAGCAGCACCCAAGUGGAUUUGGAUAUAAUACUACCAUACUGAUAUCUUGUCAGAUGAUGCACACUUGCAUUUUGAAUAAUACAGAAGGAGAUAGAUAUAUAUAUAUAUAAUUUUGUAAGGGACAUGUGAAAAUGUGUUUUAUCAAACAGUGAGCAACCUCUGGCUCUUUCUUGAGAUUCAAGUGCCACACCACAGAAGGAGAAAUAACGAUAAAACUGAUUUGAAAAGGACUACACAGUAUCAGGUAUUGUUUUCUAUAAGCAAUUCUAUUUAAGAAAAAUGAGACAUUGAUUCACAUCAUGCCAAAAUAUUGUUGCCAACCAUAGCAUGUGCAUUAGUUGCAGUUUGAUGUGCGUCAUCGUUUCCGUCAGCCUUUUUGUUUUCCGUUUCUGUUCGUUUAAUUUCAACAUAAGGUUUUCUGUAAAUUGUAUGUAGAGACUUUCCAAGUGCGUUAUAUUUUGAGGAGACAGACGAGCGACAGCAAAAGUCGGUUGUGAGAGGAAAAUAAUUGCAUGUGCUUUGUUUAAACUGGUAUGCGUAUACUGUAAUGAGGCGAAGCGAUAGCACUGGAUCCAAUAUUAAAAGCAAAUAAUCCUUUAAAAAGUAUUUUUUUGAAAUGAAAGUCAAACUAAACAUCCACUAAAACAGGGCCUCACAAAUGGGAACGUAACGGCAUUGCGGAUGAUUGUUAUUCAUCGUUAUUUUAUAUAAACAACAGCACGACUAUUAUUCCAUUGUGAACAAUCAGUGUAUAAUGUAUGCUAACCCUAGCAAUGAUUGCUUUAUUCUCGCCCAUAACCAUGGCAUUUAUUUGAAUGCGACUUAUUUAAAUGCAUCAAUAAAGACAGUUAUUUAUGUAUUUUACACUUUGAUGAUGUCUUAAGAGAAUGCCCUGCAAUUGAGAUGGUAUCUCAUAGGCCUAAAAAUUGCUUUGAUGUUGAUUGAAAAACAUAGUGCAGCUCUAUUAGGAACAGUCUGGAUGUACUCAACAGUUCUCAUUCUCUGCUUGCGGUAGGGAGUGUUUUUGUUCGCUAACCAAAUUACAUCUCUGAUAUUACCGCAAUCAUGUCACUUUUUGGUUUUAAACUAAACCUUUUCAACUCUUUUACUAGGUCUUACUGUAUCCUGGAUGUAGUAUCUGAGUAUCUGUGUUACAGUUAGGAUCAUCCAAUAAACCAGAGUUGGAGUCAAGACCAGACCCUACAAGAGAUAGACCAAGACUUGACGCUUUGAGGCCCAGAACCAGACCAAUACCUGUCCAAGUAAUGGACUAAAACAGAGAAAAUGCUGAAUUUAUUGCAGCAUUCACAUUGUGCAGUGGCUAAGUACCCAUUCAAAGCCAUAGACGUUUUUUUUUUAUGUUCUGUAAUCAUGAAGGCACCUUGUUGAAUGUGGCUAUCGUCUUUGUUAUGUAAGUUGACACAGAUGAAAUCUGGACCUAGAUGGAGCAAUGCAACAUGUAUGUGGUCUGGAUGGGUCUUCAAGACUCCAACUCUGACAAUAACUAACUAAUAAAAUAACAUUGCAAAUAACAGGGAUUUUUUUUUAAUGGAUGUAGAAGGCUGUAACUGUUUAUUUUGUUUAACCAGUUUUUAUUGAGAGUUGGUCUCUAAUUUCAGUUCUGUUGACCAAAUAAAUCAGAAGCGGUCAGAGUGGUGACGUUUUUAUCUAAAAUCCAAGAUUUUUAGGCAGACGACCAAUAAUAAAUUAGAUGAAAUGUGACAGAAAAAGCAUGAAUCAGUUAUUUAAAAAUUAGCCAAACGUUUCAGGUGGAAGGUGACUUAUGGACUGGACCCUUGCCGAUGUUUUCUUGAAAAAAAAAUCUUGAAUGAUUGUCUUGAUGUGGAUCACUGAGGUAUGCAAAGUCCAAAGUGCCCACUAAAGUAAUUCGGUUUCAGACAAGACUAAUUAAUGAGAGAAAUUCCCAAGGGACUUCAGCGCUCCCGUGCACUCUUUUAGUCAAUUUCCGUGUCUGCCAGCGGGAAGCGGUUUCAGGCUCAAACAGCUCACCCUUCUAAUCCCAAUCAACUUGACGUCUGACAUUCUGGAUUUCACAGCAUAUGUUGCAGCACUCAUGUAAAUUUAUGUAAAUCGCUACCAUUUUAUAAUAUUGUACAGUGCAUAUAUUGUAAGUAGUUAUAUCCUUGAUAAAUUACAAAGGCAUAUUUUAAACUCAGAUGCAUUCCCAUUUUUACAGCGUUCAGCAUACUGUAUGUGCCUUGAAGGGGUAUCUUUCAAAUGUGGAGUUUGUAUUUCAUUAAGGCACAUACUUAAAUUCAUAUUCAGAUAUAGGAUCAAACAAAUUAAAAUACUUCAUUGUUAAAGCAAAAGCUCCCCAUGUAUUCACAUGGAAAACCAAAGCAACUAAUCCUCACGAAUGCCGCCGCCACCCAAACAAUGCACAAGUAUGUAUUUUAGCAUAAACACUGUCUGAAAUAUGUUCAUUGUUUCACUAGCACAACAAAAAGCUUUAUUUUUCUCUUUUUAUUGGUUGUCACUUUAACCAAUGUAUGUACAUGAUAGUUCCUGGGGUCAGGACAGAAUAACAUGUAUUUUACAUCAAUAAACUGUCCUUGCAUUCUAUAUGUAAUAGCCUGAUGAUAAUUACUCAAACAGAUGAGCUUGUAUGUUUGGAUUAGAUGAAAUGUAAUAACUUUAUGAUUGGCAACACUGACAAAUAAAUCAUAUGUAUCAAAAUCAGUCCACUUUACUUAAUUUAUAAGAAACAUUUAUUAUUAUUAUUAUUAUUAUUAUUAUUAUGGGGCAACCUGAUUUAAAAGGAAUACACGACCCAAAACAAAUCGCCAAUUUGCUGAAAAUGUAUUCGUUUCUUUCUUCGCUGGAAUAGAUUUGGAGAAAUUUAGCAUUACAUCACUUGCUCACCAAUGGAUCCAUUGCAGUGAAUGGGUGCCAUCAGAAUGAGAGUCCAAACAGCUGAUAAAAACAUCACAAUAAUCCACACCAAUUCAGUCCAUUAAUUAACAUAUUUGAAGAGAAAAGCUGAGGGUUUGUAAGAAACAAUUCCAUCAUUUAAGAUGUUUUAACCAUCACUUCUGGACAAGAUUCAGGUCCACAAUCCACGAUGAUGCUUCCUCCAGUGAAAAAGUCCAUCCCCUAUUGUUCUCUCGCAUCAAAAUCCACCAACAUUUUUAUUUAGAACUGUUUUGGACCGCUUUCUCUCAUACAUGUUGCUUGAUCUGUGCAUAUUUCACUCCUGAUUCAAGUGAAAGGAUGUUUUCACUGGAGAAAGCAAAAAUAAAAUAGAGAAUUUGUGUUUUAGCUGGAAGCUACAGUGGUCUUAAUAAUGAAUUUAUUACAAACAUGCAACUUUUCACUUCACAACAUGUUAACUGAUGGACUGGGCGGUGUGGAUUACUUCUGGAUUAUUGUGAUGUUUUUAUCAGCGGUUUGGACUCUCAUUCUGAUGGCACCCAUUCACUGCAGAGGAUCCAUUGGUGAGCAAAAAUGUAAUGAUGAAUUUCUCCAAAUCUUUUUUGAUUAAAGAACAAACUCUGUAUAUCGAUGGCCUAAAAGUGAGUACAUUCUCAGCAAAUUUCCAUUUUUUGGUGAGCUAUUCCUUUAAUAUAAAUAUGAUAUAGUCACUUGAGACAUUCAUAGUGUGACAACUAGCCUCAGGCUCCCCAAAUACUUGCUAUUUCAGUUUUGCAUUUGUAGUUUUAUGUCAUCUAUCAGCAGAAAAACAGCUGGUUUGACCAUCUCUUUUUCAUUUGUUUACUCUAAGCUUCUACAUUUUUUAGAGGAAUAUUGCACUAUUAAAUCUGUCUGUCCACCCACAGCAGUGUGAUUCACGCUGCAGUAUAAAUAUGAUUAUUCACAAUAAUCACCACAUGUUGCUCUGUAUUCAUUUCUACAAUAAUCUGUUUCUGAAAUAGAAUGCAUUAUCAAGGUAUCUUUUAAGAUCCCACUGCAUCAAAUAAUCUGUGUGACCCUGUCCGACUAAAGAAGGGGAUCUGUCAUGAUACGGAUUCAAACUCCAGACUGUCAGAACAACAUACUGUUUAUUGUUUUAGCCUUUAUUGGGAAAACUUGCAAUGAGCAUUUAAAUUUGUUUGUUUGUCUUAUUUGUUGUGUGUGCAUGACAUAAUGGGGCCGGCUGACCUCUUCACAUGACUGGGGUGAAUUAAAAAUUUGAAUUAAAAAAUGUUAACUUCCCUCUUACGCUUACAGAGUGCUCUCUGAUUGGCUGAGUUUCUGUAUCAUAUGACAAUCUGCAUAAACAUGCAUUGGUUUUAUUGGUUAUGGAAAAGUAUAUAUACAUGCACA